AAAUGGCCGAAAUUGAAAAUAAAAGAAAACCAGAAACAGAGUCAACAUUUUCCCAACUCUCGAGUCAAAAUCAACACUCGAGCCCAAACCCAAUUCACUUUCUUCUGUGAAAUCCCAAAUGGAAGAUGAUGAAGAUGAAACAAAUGGAGCUUCCCAAUUGAUCAAGGAAACAAAUUCGAGUUCUCUGCCGGAAACCCAGAAGCUUUCAAAAUCGCCGUCGCUGGACGAAAUGGAAGACGAAGAUGGAAGAAUUCGCUCGAAAGAGAGGAAGAAAGUAAAAAGAAGAGGCAUGUGGAAUUCAAUUCGGAAUCCGUUCAAGUGGUUGAAAAUGUUGAGCGAUAAAUUGCAUUGGAGUUUUGUUUUGGGAGUGAUUUUUGUUUAUGGAGUCAGCCAAGGGCUUGGUGCGGGGUUGAGUAAACUCAGUAUUCAGUAUUAUAUGAAGGAUGAUCUGAAAGUUGAGCCCUCAGAAUCGCAGAUAUAUUUUGGGAUUAUCAUGAUUCCUUGGAUUAUUAAGCCUCUGUGGGGUUUCAUUACUGAUACUGUCUCCAUUCUUGGCUACCGUAGAAGGCCUUAUUUUGUUUUUGCUGGUGUUCUUGGAGGGAUAUCUAUGCUUCUGCUGUCACUGUACAAGAACUUGCCUCUUGCACUCGUUUUGCUAAAUUUAAUGGCAGGAAGUGCUGGAAUAGCCAUAGCAGAUGUCACCAUUGAUGCCUGUGUGACCCAAAACAGUAUAAGCCAUCCCUCGCUUGCUGGUGAUAUGCAAAGCUUAUGCGGAAUGAGUUCUUCGGUUGGAUCACUUGUCGGGUUCGCAGUCAGUGGCUUUCUCAUUCAUCUACUAGGACCUCGGGGUGUGUUCGGCCUUCUGAGUAUUCCUCCUGGACUAUUGAUUUUGGUCGGGAUGAUAAUGAGAGAAUCCCCUGUGCACAAAUCCACUAAUACACAGGUAGGCAAAAAGUUGGUGGAUGCUAGUAAGGCAGUGUGGGCAACCAUACAAUGCCGUGAAGUCUGGAGGCCCUGCAUAUACAUGUACUUGUCACUUGCUUUGUGCUUGAAUGUUCAUGAAGGAAUGUUCUACUGGUAUACCGAAGCUAAAGAAGGUCCAUCUUUCUCCCAGGAGAUUGUAGGUUCGAUUCUCUCCAUCGGUGCAUUUGGCUCACUUUUUGGAGUCGUCCUCUACCAGAACUUGUUGAAGGAUUACCCUUACCGCGACCUACUUUUUUGGACUCAGUUGCUAUAUGGUGCGUCUGGGAUGCUAGAUUUGAUGUUGGUCCUGCGCAUCAAUGUGAAGAUCGGUAUCCCUGAUUACUUCUUCAUUGUGUUCGACGAGGUGAUUUCGCAGCUGAUCGGGCGAAUCAAGUGGAUGCCUCUCAUUGUCCUUAGCUCCAAGCUUUGCCCUGCUGGGAUAGAAGGGACAUUCUUUGCCAUGCUAAUGUCGAUCGACCAUGUCGGGAUGCUUUCUUCAGUAUGCGCUGGUGGUGUCUUACUGCGCCUUUUGAAGGUUUCUCGGACUCGGUUCGAUAAUCUGUGGAUGGCGAUACUGAUUCAAAAUAUGUUGAGAAUUGCUCCCGUUGGACUUCUGUUUUUGGUGCCAACAACUGAUCCAAAUGCUAACAUCCUACCUUCUGAGAUGCUGAGAUCAAAAAAGGGAGAAGAAAAACCAGAGAAUGAUGAAACUGAAAUGGCACCCUUUGUCAAUAACACGUGAUACCAAUCCAGGGUUGUAAUAUUUGAUGAAACUAAAUUUUUAGCUAUUUUCCCAACUUGAAUUAAGUUUCCUAGUUGAGCUUAGUUAGUCAUUAGAUAUAUAUAUUAGACAAAUAACACAGAAUUAAAGAUCAGAGGGCAAAAAUAUCCAAAUUA